AUGACAGUGUCGGAGUACACAGUCCGUUUCAGUGAGUUAGCUCGUCAUGCACCAGCUUUGGUUGCCACAUUCAAAGAGAGGGUUCGUCGCUUCAUCGAGGGACUCCACCCCAGUAUUCGGACCAGUAUGGCCAGGGAGUUGGGGAUGGACAUUACUUAUCAGCAAGCAGUGAGUAUUGCAAGGAGAGUGGAGGGAGCCCGUGCACCAGCAGCACGCACUGCUAGGGAUUUUGUGAGUUGCCAUGUUCAUUCAGCUCUGCCAGCAGCCAGUGGUGUUACAACUCCUCCUAGACCUCAGGAGCCCUAUUAUGCACCGCCAGUAUCCAAUAUGCCUCCUGCUCGAGGUGCUAUUACCGAACAGACCAGCAGGCCAGGUUCGAGUCAGUCUCAGCCACCACGUCCUCCGAGGGGUUGCUUUGAGUGUGGUGACACUCGUCACAUGGUUAGAGAUUGCCCCAGCACCAGGAGGGGUGCACCUCCACAGACUUAUCAGCCUCCACGUGCUCCACCGGGUCCUCCGGCCAUUCUUCCAGCCCCAACUACUACUCCACCUUCUCAGGCAGCUCGAGGUGGAGGUGCGGUGCCGCAGAAGCGGCUUGGAAGCCACAGAAGCGGAGAUGGGCUCUUGUGCGAGUCCGCAGAUCCGGCGCAGUGA